AUGUCGUUUGACGAUCUACACAAGGCAACUGCAAGGGCGCUUACCUCUGCUGUGGAUGAGAUUUGUGAGGAAUUCAAAAUUGACGGAGAUGAUUUGAAAACGCUGACAGAGUAUUUCAUCGAAAGUAUGGAGCAAGGGCUGAAGCCGUUGGAAGACGGCGAGAGUGAGGAAACGUCGAAGGGUCUACCGAUGAUCCCCUCGUUUGUGACGGGCAAGCCGAACGGUACCGAAAAGGGCACUCUAUUGGCAGCCGAUCUGGGCGGCACGAAUUUUAGGGUCUGUUCGGUGAACUUAAAGGGUGACCACACCUUCUCUAUGGAGCAGACAAAGUCGAGGAUCCCAGAUGAGCUGCUGGAGGACGACAGUGUGACUAGCAGUGAGUUAUUUGGCUAUUUGGCGCGUCGUACCGUCUUGUUUAUGAAGAAGUUCCACCCGGAGUUUUUCAAGGAACCAGGAGCGGAGUCACAGAAGCCUUUGAAAAUGGGAUUCACGUUUUCGUAUCCGAUCGAUCAGAAAUCUCUUGCUUCUGGUAGCCUCAUCAGAUGGACGAAGGGCUUCAAGAUAAAGGACACGAUAGGUAAAGAUGUCGUCAAGCUGUACCAGGAAGAGCUGAAUUCGCAUGGUUUGGGCAUGAUAAACGUGGUGGCUUUGACGAAUGACACUGUGGGGACUUUCCUGUCGCAUUGUUACUCUUCCGGUACGGCAGAUUCCUUGUCGUCAGGUGAAAUAUCUGAGCCGGUGAUCGGAUGUAUAUUUGGUACAGGAACCAAUGGGUGUUAUAUGGAGAAGAUUGAGAAUAUCACUAAAUUGCCACAGGAGGCGAGGGAGGGACUUCUGAACGAAGGUAAGACGCAUAUGGUUAUCAACACAGAAUGGGGGUCUUUUGAUAAUGAAUUGAAGUAUUUGCCGACUUCGAAAUAUGACGUUGAUAUCGAUCAAAAACUUUCCUCCAAUCCCGGGUUCCACCUUUUUGAAAAACGUGUGUCAGGUAUGUUCCUUGGUGAACUACUGAGAAAUAUGCUCGUGGAUCUACAUGAGAGAGGUUUGAUGUUAAAUCAAUAUCGCACGUACAAUCAACUCCCCCAUCGUUUGAGAACUCCUUUUGAACUCUCAAGUGAAGUUUUAUCCCACAUUGAAAUCGAUGACUCUACAGGUUUAAGAGAGACAGAAUUGUCGUUGUUGCAAAGUUUGAGACUACCAACGACCCCUACUGAACGUAUUGAAAUUCAAAAAAUGGUUCGCGCAAUUUCUCGUAGAUCAGCUUAUUUGGCAGCUGUUCCCAUUGCAGCUAUUCUGAUCAAGACAAAUGCGCUCAACAAAAGAUAUCAUGGUGAGGUUGAAAUCGGAUGUGAUGGAUCAGUUGUCGAAUACUACCCGGGCUUUAGAUCAAUGGUUAGACACGCUUUAUCGUUAAGUCCUAUAGGCUCCGAUGGGGAACGUAAAGUCCACUUACGCAUCGCAAAAGAUGGUAGUGGAGCGGGUGCCGCAUUGUGUGCUCUAGUUGCUUGA